AUGUUAACAGCAAAUUGUCCUUCUUGAAUGUUGUCACAAUGUGGUCCCGUGGUAUUUCCAAUGCUCACAAUUUUUUUGGCAUUGUGAAUGUUAAAGUACGUUUACACUGUAGGAAAAAUAUCACAUUGUGUCAAUCGAUCCGACAUCAAAGCACGAACCUGUAGAAUCUAUCGAGCACAUCGUUGCCCACGUGAUAAACACUAGAAAGGUAUGACAGUCGGUAAAUAGUAGAUUUACGAAUUUCAUUCAAACAAUCUAUGGACAAGUUUCUGUUUUAGUUUUAUGUUUUGAAUUGGUUUUGAAUCUAUCUUUAUUUGUAGCGAAAAAUAAAUAUGGAAUUGUUAAUAAUAAUAAAUUUUGAAAAAGAUGAAAAAUGAGUUUUCUAUUGAAACCGUCGGAGCACUACAAUUAAAUUUUUAUUACUUCUUGGCUGUUAGAACAACUUAUAAGCAUUUCUUCUAAUCUUUAAAAGCUUUCUUCUAAUCUUUUAAUUGAUAAAUUGUAUCAAUUAAAAACACUGUAAAAUCAUGGUGCCACAGAAAUUGUAAUCAUGCAUACUUAUCCAUUAUCUCUGUUAUUUUAACAAACAAAUACUGCAAUUUUAAAUUCUAUCAAUAUCAAUAUAUAAUUAUGGAAGAGUUUGCAAAUUUCCUAACAAUAAGUAUAACAUUAGUUUUGUUUCAUAUUUUAGUCCACGAUUAUUUUUACUUUAUAUCUGUUAAAACAAUCUUAACAUUGAUAUUUGGAUUUAAAAAAAAAACUAUUGUUUUCAGAUAUUAGAUCUUGUAAAUGCUCAAAAUAAUCAGCUCACAUUAGAUCAAUAUCAUAAGUUGGAAUCAUUAUGCGAAUGCCGGUUGUCUAGGUACAAAUAUUCACAAAUAUCAAAUUAGCUCUUUGGGCUAAACAAGCACAAAGGGUUAAAAAUAUUCAGUUUUGUAUCUAUUUUAUGACCAUACAGAAUAGAUUUUUACAGGAUGCCAGUACAGUACAUAAUAGGAGAAUGGGACUUUCGAGACAUUACUUUAAAAUUAGUUCCACCUGUUUUCAUUCCGCGACCAGAAACUGAAAUACUAGUUGAUUUUGUAUUAAAAAGACUAAGUUCCUUACAGAAGGAAAAGCAAGAGAUUUUAGAACUUGGAUGCGGUUCUGGAGCAAUAUCUCUUGCGAUAGCUCAUAGUAACAAAACUGUAAAUUGCAUAGCAAUCGAUGCAAACUUGCAGGCAUGCGAAUUAACUAAAGAAAAUCGAGAUCGAUUAGGUUUAGAACAUCAAGUCACAGUUGUACAUGCAACUCUUAAAGAUAAUGGAGAAAUCGAAGUUCCAAAUGUAUCAAAUGGACAUGGAAGUCUUGAUUUAAAUUCGAAAACUUUUGAUUGCAUAGUUAGCAAUCCUCCAUAUGUACCUACUAAACAGAUACUUACAUUAGCUCCUGAAAUUAAAAUUUACGAAGACUUAAGAGCCCUUGAUGGAGGAGAUGAUGGCUUAAAAGUCAUUAAACCUUUAUUAAAAUAUGCUUCUACAGUCUUAAAACCUGGUGGACGUUUACUUUUAGAGGUUGAUUCGACUCAUCCUGAAUAUAUACAAUUCUUUACCAAAAAAUAUUGUACCCUGAAACUCCAGUAUGAACAUACAUACAAAGAUUUUUGUAAUAACGAUAGAUUUGUUGAGAUAUUAAAAGUGUCAUAAAUCUGUUUCGCCGUUAAAUAAUAGGAUAUUAAAGCAAUAAACGGAAUAUUUAUAUAUGAACACCCGUGUAUAGCUUUAUAAUUAAUAUUUAAGUAUUCCGUACAAGACGCAUGCGCAGUGCGCAUUCAGAAUCGGUAUCAAAAAAACGCUAGGGUUAGAUCUACAGACAUAUGAUAUGUCUAUGGUUUGAUCAAGCUAGACUUGAUACAACUUGAUUAGACCAAUGGAAUUCGUAUGAUUCAGAUCAUAUGACUGCACAUAACCAUUCGGUAUAAAGUGGUAUAAACAUCAUUUUGCUAAUAGUACGGUACUUUUUGCAUAGAUAUAUGUGGAUACAUGUAGUGAGUUGUUAAUUUCAAAUGCACGUGAAAUUUGCUGAGUUAAUAUUCUAACAAAUUGUAAAUAAAGAUAAUAUUAAUAAUUCAAACAUGA